GCCGCUGCUGGUGUUGGUCGUCGUCCUGCUCCUCCUCUUAGUUGUCUUCCACGUGUGUAUCCUCGACGUCGUUUCGUGACGUGGCCGCAGAAAACGUUCUUCGAAGAAGGACGUCAGUAUAGAGGGGCAGUAGGGGAUGUGCAGGUCUGCAGGGGAUCAGGGUGGGGCCCACCGGGCUGGGCAGAGCCCGGCGAGAAGUUCAAGGCCGUCGGAGUGGUCUGGGUACGCACACCUACCACCACACUUGCAGCCUCUGCCGGACACGUCCAACGAGGAGGAGGAGGACAGACGGUCACGUACCGUGCCGCUGGGAAGCGGGUCCACCCAGGAGUGGGCGGCCACAAAGCUCUGUGGAAGCCGCGACGGCGGUUAUGGCCAGUCGUACACCGAACUCCUCCAGCAGGGGCUGAGUGGCGACGAAGGCGAUGGAGGCCUGAAUCUGUCAUUCGGGUUGUGCAGCGGGAGGUCGUCGGCCGCGUUGCGAACGAUGAUCGUGAACAGCCAUCCCGACGACGAGGGCGGGCAGGUGACGGCUGUUGCGCGGUCAUCGAAGUCUCCAGCUCCGAUCCAGGAGGCGUCGGGGAACAACGGGGACCCUCCGAGGCAGCAAUUUUGGACGCCGUCUGUGUCGAGGCCUGCCUCAGCUCGCUCCCUAUGGAUGCAGUCUCCGUCUCCCCUGUCCGCCAGUUCGACCGCAGCCCGUCGUGGACGCGAAUCUGGGGAGACGAAUUGUGGCAUCGAUGGUGUUGGUGAUGCACGCGACGGGAGGGAGGUGUGGGCAGAAUGGGCGCUUCAUCCACGAUGGGAGGAAUCCAUAACUCGGGGGGUGCAGCGACUGCGUGUGGGGGAGCGCGAAAACGACGGCGACGCACCUGCGGCGGGUGCGGACGAUCAGGAGUUGAACGACGACGACGACGAAGGUGGGGAGGACGAUGCAGGCCACGUAACGCCAUUGACGUAGAGCAGCAUGGAGGGAGUGACGGGAACACGAGGGCGUAUGCUCGCAAUG